AUGCAAGGGCACAUGCCUCCCGGCAUAGAAAUAGUCCAAGCCGAAAACUUUGAAGAGUGGCUCAUGGAAAUCCGCGUUCUUGACUCUAAUCCGCUGUAUCAAGAUCAGGUUUUUCGACUCAAGUUCACCUUUAGUUCAAGGUAUCCUAUAGAACCACCGGAAGUAGUAUUCGUCAAGCUGCCGCCAUCAUCGAGCACCCCGCGUACCGUUCCUAUUCAUCCGCACAUCUACUCAAAUGGCUUCAUCUGCCUUGAUCUGCUAUCGUCCGCUGGGUGGUCACCAGUACAAACCGUCGAAAGUGUAUGCAUGAGCAUACAGAGCAUGUUGACGGCGAACAGUAGAAACGAGCGCCCUCCAGAUGACGAUGAUUUCGUCGCGAGAAACAAGCGGAGGCCCAGAGAUGUCGAUUUCUUCUACCACGAUGAUAACGUCUGA